UCUAAAACCAGCUCAAGAAACUAAGUAAAAGAAAAAAAUGGCCAUGGCCUCCCCUUGCCUCAAUACAUGCACAGUACAACAACCUCGAGCAAUACUUAGUAGAAUCCACAUAUUAUUACACUUUUCAGCCAUAUUAGGGUUACUUUACUAUAGAAUAAAACACUUAUUCCAAAAAGACGUAUCAAUUAUAUCAUGGAGUCUUAUAACAAUUGCAGAGCUUAUUUUCACUUUCAUAUGGUUAAUUACACAAUCUUUCCGUUGGCUUCCGGUUGCUCGGUCCGUCGUGCCGGAAAAUCUUCCGGCCGAUAAAGAAUUACCUAGUGUUGACGUGUUUAUAUGUACAGCUGAUCCUAUUAAAGAACCAGUUGUUGAGGUUAUGAAUACUAUUUUAUCAGCUAUGUCACUUGAUUAUCCGCCGGAAAAGCUCGCCGUUUAUCUUUCCGACGACGGUGGUGCCGCCGUGACGUUGUAUGCUAUAAAGGAAGCAUGUGUUUUUGCUAGGGUUUGGGUGCCUUUUUGUAGGAAGUAUGGAAUAAAGACUAUAUGUCCAGAGGCAUUUUUCUCUUCUUUUGGUGAUGAUGAACGUUUGAAUAUGCGUGGAAAUGAAUUCAAGAAUGAAGAGGAAAAUAUCAAGGCGGCAUACGAAGUAUUGAAGAAAGAUGUAGAGAAAGCCAGUAGUGUUGAAGGGUCCGUCAGAAUGGAUCGACCUCCCUAUGUUGAGGUGAUACAUGAUAAUAUGAAAAACGAAGGGUGUGAAGUCAAGCAAAGCAAAUUGCCUCUAUUAGUUUAUAUGUCACGUGAAAGGCGACCAUCGCGCCCUCAUCGUUUCAAGGCCGGAGCUUUAAACGCUCUUCUUCGAGUUUCAGGGGUAAUGAGCAAUGCACCAUAUAUGCUUGUGUUGGAUUGUGACAUGUAUUGCAAUGACCCUUCCUCUGCCAAGCAAGCCAUGUGCUUUCAUCUUGAUCAAAAUAUAUCUACUACUCUUUCUUAUGUACAAUUCCCUCAAACUUUUUACAACGUUAGUAAAAAUGACAUCUACGAUGCUCAAUCAAGAUCCGCUUACAAGAAUAAGUAUCAAGGCAUGGAUGGAGUAGGAGGUACUGUUUGUGCAGGCACAGGCUAUUAUUUGAAGAAAGAAACAUUAUAUGAUAGUCCAAAUAACCAGGAUAUGACUCCACUAUUUCUAAAAGCUCAAUCUGAAUACAAGUGGGAAUCACUACUGUUUCAAUCAGAGGAGUUACUUCAAGAGGCAGAGGAAAAGUUUGGUGCUUCUAGAAAGUUCAUUAAUUCGAUUAACUCUUUGAAUGAUCAAAGAAAAGGAAGGGAGAUUCUAUCAAAUGAGAUUAUAGAUGAAGCUAAAACUCUAGCUUCUUGCAACUUUGAAGAAAAUACAAGUUGGGGUGAAGAGAUCGGGUACUCGUAUAAUAGUUUACUCGAGAGCUCGUACACGGGGUAUCUAUUGCAUUCUAAGGGAUGGAAAUCUGUUUAUCUUUAUCCAAAGAGGCCAUGUUUCCUUGGUUGUAGCACCAUUGAUAUGAAGGAUGCUUUAGUUCAACUUAUGAAAUGGGCUUCUGGAUUAGUACAAGUUGGACUCUCAAAGUAUAGUCCUCUCAUUUAUGGAGUGUCAAGAAUGCCUUUAGUCCAAAGCAUGUGUUAUACAUAUUUUAUGUUCUCACAUUUUCUCUCCAUUCCUUGCUUCCUUUAUGGCAUUGUUCCACCAUUAUGCUUCUUGACUGGCACUUCAGUGUUUCCCAAGGUGACAAGCCCAUGGUUUGCACUAUUCACAACUAUAUUCUCAUCAUCUUUGCUUGAACAUCUAUACGAAGUCUUGUCUAGUGGUGGCAACUUGAGGACUUGGUGGAAUGAACAAAGAAUUUGGAUAAUAAAAACAGUCACAGCUUGCUUAUUUGGAUGCUUAGAUGUUUUAAUGAAGUGGUUAGGUGUUGCAAAAGCAAAUUUCAGGUUAACAAACAAAGCGAUCGACGAAGAGAAACUCAGGAAAUACGAGAAGGGUAAAUUUGAUUUCCAAGGUGCUAAGUUGUUUAUGGUUCCUUUGACAUUUUUGGUGAUGUUUAAUUUGGUGUGUUUCACCUUUGGAAUGAAAAGAAUGGUCUCAGAGGGGAAUUUUGAAGAAAUGUUUGGACAAGGUUUUCUUUCUUUUUAUGUUUUAGUUCUUAGUUAUCCUAUAUUAGAAGGAUUAGUAUCAAAGAAAGGCAAGUAAAAGUCCUCAAUUUGUUACACCCUAUAGCAUUUUCUUAUUAAGAAUAGUUAUAGAGGUGAGCUUCUGGACAAUGGUGAAAGCAAAUUUGUGUAUAAAAUCGUGUAUAAAUAAUGCUACAAUUUAAUGUUGAGAAAUAACACAAGUAUUUGCAAUGUCAAAUAUUUUUUUUUUU